AGAAGAAUAGUUUUUGAACCUCCCUCCCCUUUUUCAUGUGAGCUGAUGAUGACACGCGGCGCAGCGUGAACAGUUUUAACUUCCGCACACUAAUAUGAACAGGACAAGCCCAGACUACUGCUCGGCGUUCACACAAUAGUUCUAACAAGAUUUGGCCAAAAUGUCAGACUCUGACUCUGACUGGGAAGACAUCAAAGACCGGAUGAAUGCUAAGUUAUUUUCCAAAAAUACAACAAUUGUCGCCCUCCGUCCAUCAGAGGAGGUGUUUGAACGAUGGAGUCGUAUUGCUGUUGAUAUCAGAAGAGAUGCUGGGGAGCGAAUGAGAGUUUGUGCCUUCUGGCUUCCCAUCCUGUUGCAAUGGGAAGAGUCCAGCAUUACUGCCUGCUGGGCUUCAGAAAUAGGCCUGAUCAACUCAAAGGACACUGAUCUAACUCUGAAGCAGCUGUCGAGGAUUGAAACAUUGGAAGCAAUCCUUAGAGCCUUGGAGAAAGGAACUGUGAAGAAGAACCAAACAAAGCAGGUUAUCUUGAUAAGUAACAUGUUUAACUUGCGUUCCCCAGAGGUUUUGGAUGAUGCGCUGCGUUGGUUGGAGCGAACAGGAGAACCUGGUAUCCGCCAUUGCGUCACGGAUCUCGGCCAUACACACACCUGCUUCCAAGCCCUGCACCUUAUCUUCACAGAGUUUGCCAAGUAUAUUCAUGAAAUGGGUACCAACUUGGAGAAGACGAUGAAGUCACUAAUGGCUCAACCGCAGGAGUAUCAACUAGAGAAAAGUGAAGAAAUGAAGAAGAAAGGAAAUGAGUUCUUUCAGAAAAAGCAAUAUGAAGAUGCUGUGAAGUUUUACUCCAAAGCCAUCAAAUAUUACCCUGACAACCACAUAAUUUAUGGAAACCGAGCCUUAUGCUAUAUCCGAUGUAAGAAAUAUCUAAAAGCGGUUAAUGAUGGAAAACGUGCUACGCUGAUAAAACCACGCUGGACAAAGGGUCACUACCGCUACUGUGAGGCUUUGUUCUCCUUGGGAGAGUUCAGAAAGGCAAUUGAAGCCAACAUUUCAGCCCAGAGUCUUUGUAGAGACAACCACGAGGGGAUCAAAGACCUGGAACAGCAACAGCAGAAAUUCUUCACUGAAAUGCCCGAACCCAAAGUUGUAUACCCUAAGAAAAACCACAUUAAAAGAUCGGAGAGUGCUAACAGAGCACGUGCAGUGGAGCCACAAAUUUUUGUGAAAACUACUAAAAAGAUUGAUCACUCUCAACAGAAUAAAGUCUCCGACGUUAAAUUGGAAAAGCAACAAGUGAAAAAUGAAAGGACUGCACAGUCAGAUGGCACUACUAAAAACUCUAAACCAUCAAAAAGUGAUCUUUCUUCAAAGAAUGGGAAAGGAGAGUCCAGCACCCCAUCAAAGAAGAAAUCUAAGAAAAGUAAUCGGUCUGAAGAUGAGAACCAGAAACUGGAUGACAGUAAAGCGGAUGUGUGUGAAGAGUUGAGAUCGUUGGUGCGGGACGGACACACUGCUCUGGCCGACCUCCGCAGCCACAAUGCAGAGCAGGCCUUCAGGAAGGCACUGGCUAUACUAGCAACCAGCUCACCCAAGGAACUUGGACUUUCUACGCUGGAUGUACUUUUGUUGCCGUAUGGCCGCGCUACAGCCCUAACAGAAAUCGGCCAGCCUGAGGAACUUAGAGAAGCACAAACACUUCUGGAGAAGAUCAAAUCAUUUGAGGAGAGGACGUUUCAGUGUCUGGUUUACUACGCCAUCGGGAGGGUGCAUCUCAAAGAGAACAGGUUUGCAGUUGCUCUGCGGCAGUUUUCAGAUUCACUGCAAAUGGUCAAGAAUCAAAUAAUCCCGGGUAAACUCACCUGGCCUUUAACGAAAGAGAUUGUCAAAGAAACACAGCCGGACUAUUUCAAGGACAUUUUGGAGCAGGCUAUAGAGUUUUGCAGAUUUCCUCCUAAUCCUGACGCCAUUUGUCGACUUGAGAAAUGCCUCGGCCAUUUAAAAGCUGAAAUCUACUUUACUGACCCAGAUUUUAAGGGCUUUAUUCAAAUAUGCUGCUGUCGGAGCUGCAUUGUUGAAUACCACAUCGCCUGUUGGAAGGCCCUCAAGUCAUCCUCUUUCUGUGAAAAGAAUGAAAAGGAUUUCCUGCAAGAGCCGUGUUUGACUCCAGACUGUGUCGGCCAAAUCUGUUGUAUCAAGAUCUUUGGUCCGACGGGGCUGGUGAAGUGUAAGUUUGAAGCUGCCAUUCCAAAACCACAGAAUCCAAAGAAGCCCAAAGUGAAUCAGAAAUGUACAAGUCUGAAGAAGUUAAAAUCAAAGGAAGAGCACAGACUCAAGAGAAAGCAGCAUAAGCAGUCAUUUCAAGAAAAGCAGGCGAUCAAUGAUGAGAUUCUGCAGCAGAAAGAAGACUCCGCAACCGAGAGUCAACAGAAAGCCUGGUUGCUGUACAGGGAUAGAGUUCUUCUGCAGAUCAGCCAGAACAUGGAGCUGCUCAGAGAGGAGAAGGGCCUCCACGUGUCGGCCCUGACCAGCAGUCUGAAACCCUGGCUGGAGCUGGACUCGUCGAGGGGGAACCAAGUAGCUGCGAGGAUAUUGAACUGGCAGCUGGAGCCGCUGGAGAAUCUAGGUCAGGCCGUUGAGCUGCUACUGGAGAGGAAGAACCGGGUUUGGGCUCGUGUACUUAUUCAACUACUCAGUACCUGUCAGGAUAUAAAUCCUAAACUCAACAACUGGGCGUGCCAGCUCAACAAUGCAGGUCUGAAUGCGGCCAAAUCCUUCAUUGAGCGCUACGCAGGACACUUGGAGCAGCUGGAUCUGGCUUUUCUGCUCAACUUUGGCCCAUUGCAGGACGUGAUUAUAGAGAAGCUCGGUACUAGGCCGGAGCUUUUUUCAAGCAUUGGCUUGACUGUGACUGAAUACCUAAAACAGGCCCCCCCACGUGACAUGAGACUCUUUAUCUGGACUCUGGAGGAGCAUAGGGACGGGUAUCUCUCCUGCCACCCUAUACUGGAUGAGUAUUUUGAUAUGAUGGAUGGACAUUGUUCGGUCUUAAAAAAGUCUGAUGAAAAUCAAAAUAAUUCUCCUAUCAAGAGUCGAGGUCGGAAAAAGAAACAGAAAGAGCCAAGGCGUCCCUCUGAAGUUUGUCCUCUCAAAUUCCUGAUGAAAAGAGCAACUCCGAGAGAUGAAUGGGACCAAGACUUUUUUGAAGAUGACUCUUUAUCAUUCCUUCACCCUAGUGAUCCGUUCAGUGUACCGAGUCACCUUCGAGAGCAAGUGGCCGAAUUUGAGAACCAGUACAACGGCACCAGACACAGAAGUCACUAUAAAAACAUUUUGGACAACAACCCUGACCCAACAAAAGAGAGUUUGUAUGACUACUUUGCUCAGAUCUUGGAGGAGCACGGCCCGCUGGUUGCUGAGGACCCUCUGCUGGUUGGGGAACUAGGGAAUUUCCCUUCAGUGGCUCAGCUAAAGAUGAAGGAAGCGGGCGGCUUCGAGCCCUUCCUCCUGGAGUCCCUUCGCUUUAUAAAGAUGGGGAGGUGUAUCGGCCUGGCGAAGCAUGCCGUUACGCUGCAGCAGGCUGGACACGGGGCCAGCCUGGAUGACCUGGAUGAAAUCCACUCAGACUCUCCCUCUCCUGAUUUUGAAGCGGGUCAAGAAUCUGCUCUCAUGGGCUAUCUGGACGCUUUUUCAUCUGCAGAGACUGCUGUCUAUCCCAUCCUCCCAAGUCCUUAUGUAUUUGGCUCCCAGUCUCCUCUGCUUGGUCAGUCAGCUAGCGGAGUUACUCUGACUAGGAAUGAUCCAUUUUCCCAUUGGUCUAAUGGUGACAGUCAACAGCAAACCUCUUUCUUUUUACCUAAUGGCUACGAGGAGCUAGAUCUACUUACCAGUGAGUUGAAUAACGGAUUUUUGGAAACCUCUUCAGUGACAACUGAGGAAAGCUUUUUAAAGAAACAUGCAGCAGUACAGACGUGUCAGGAGACCAUGAGGAGUGUAGCGGUGAAUACAGAGAUUCAUGAGCGUUUCGAGAGCUGCCAGGGUGACCUCAACAAAAAGCAAAAGGGCAACAAGAAUUUGGAGCAGCAGAUCAAGAAAAUGGAGAAAGGCUGUGACAAAGUCAAUCUGAGACAUGAAGAAGACAUCGCUCUCCUUGAGGCAGAAGUUCAGAAUAUCACUGCCAAUAUACAAGUGACCAAUAAGGAGCUGACACUGUUCCAGCAGAAGCUGGAAGAGGAGGUGAAGAAGGACCAGAAGGAGAAGAAAGCCAACCAGGAAGGACUGAAGUCCCUGAAGUUGGAGAUAGAAGAGCUGGUGGAGCAACACGGCAGUCUUACCCGAAGCAUCCGAGAGAAGAAAACCAGCUUUGACGCAAAGUUGAGUGAUUUCCUUGAGCUGGGCAAUCAGUCAGCAGCUGAGAAGAUGAGUCUGGAGGAUGAGAUCAAGCGCUGCAAGGUCUCGUUUACCUCGGCGACCAGGAGAUCUCACACAGCUCAGGUGUCUGUAGUGGAGAGCAGUCGGGAUCAGGGUUUGUACGGCCUCUACAGAGAGCUGGCCACUGGCAAAGCUCUGCUGACCAAACUGGACGAAGCAGCACACAGAUACCCAUCUCCAGAGCUGGAAAUAACUAGAAAUGGCUGGAGAGUUAAUGUCCAAGAAGUUGAAAAGAAAAUCGCCGCUGCUGAGGCACAGUACCAGGAGCAGCUGGAUCAAGUGAAGAAUGGUAGAAGAGUCAGCGAGUUGUCUCCAGUCAACGUCCACAACCAGUCAGAGCCUCCAGCUGCACCACCGUCUGUGGCAGCCAAAGAGUUUGCUCCUCCACCUUCAGCCUCCCGCAGAGCUUCACCGAUCAUCCACCCGUCUGCAGCUGAAGCUCCGGCCUCUCUGCCUCAGCACAAACCUCCGACCAGGCCGCUGGAGUCUCCACACAGCACUGUGUUCGACAAAGCCAUAGAGCGCCUGACCACCAUUUUUCCUGAGAAAACGAGGUCCGACUUGAUGAGGUAUGUUCAGGAGUUGCGUUCAUCCAGCGGAGGCAGUCUGAACAGCAUGGCAUUACAGGAUAUGGUGGGCGGAGUGACCCAGCUGAUCCUGGACCAUCAGGAGAAGCUUAAUGCUGCCAAAUCGAACAUGAGACGUGAGAGUUCAGCCAAUGCUGCCAAAUCAAACAUGAGACUCGAGAGUUCAGCCAAGUAUGUCACCCCGCCUUAUGUGGCGCAGGUCUGGCAGCCACUUGGACCCCCCCAGAGAGCCACACACUCCAACGCACUGAAUGUCGAGGAUCCUUGCAUCAUCUGUCACGAGGACAUGAGUCCAGAUGACAUCUGUGUGCUCGUGUGCAGACACAGCUUCCAUGACGAGUGUAUACGGUCGUGGCUGAAGGAGCAGAGCACCUGUCCCACCUGCAGAGAGCACGCAUUGCUGCAUGAUGAUUUCCCCGCGCUGUCCGCCAGAAGACGCCAAGCUCCAUGAUGUCUUAACCCUUUUCCUUCUUGUAUGCUUUUAUCUUCUUUUUUUUUAAUCACUUAUUUCAUUAUACUCAAACACUUAGAUUUUUGUAUCGUUGAAAUGUUAAGACAUUCAAUUUCUAUCCUUUGAAUAAACAAAACGUCUUGUUUUGAA